GAUUCCUUCGAAAAAAGGUUUGCUAUGGUCUACCAAAGUCCUUAAUUCGAAUAGAGAGGUUCAUUUGACGAUCACAGGCGAUGAAUACGGUGGGGGAAAGAUAUUUGGGAACGGUGGAGAUGGCUGAGGCUCCGUACAUGACGGCGAAAACGUCAAUGUGGUGGGACAUAGAGAAUUGUCAAAUCCCAAGGGGGUUUGAUGCUCAUGGAAUAGCUCAGAAUAUUUGUUCGGCGCUUAUGAAGAUGAACUACUUUAGUCCAGUCUCAAUCUACGCAUAUGGGGAUGUGAAUGGUAUCCCUCCGACCAUCCAGCAUGCCCUUAGUUCCACUGGAAUCGUGCUCAACCAUGUCCCAGCCGGAGUACAAGAUGCGAGUGAUAAGAAGAUUUUGGUGGACAUGUUGUUUUGGGCGGUGGACAAUCCUCCGCCCGCAACUUUUAUGCUGAUCUCUGGAGAUAGAGACUUUUCCAAUGAUCUUCACCAAUUAAGGAUGAGACGGUACAAUAUUCUCUUGGCACAGCCUCAAAAAGGGUCACCGCUGCUAGUUCAUGCUGCAAGGACACUAUGGCUUUGGACAAGUCUAUCAGCUGGAGAAAGCCCUCUCACACAAAGCGGAAGCUCACAACUUGUUGCCAAUGAGACAACUCACCCUUAUUCUCGUAGACUGGUACCUUCACCUGUUCGACAGCCUAACCCUAAUGUUGAUCCUCCUAGACCGGGUCCUUUUCCUGUUCGACGGCCUAACCCUGACCCUUCUGGGAGUAGUGGAAAUAGGAUCCCAAAUCAAGCUCAGAAUAAUAGUCCCAAUGCUGCUAGGCAAUGUACUUGUAGUAGGUGGCCACGCUGUGGUAAUGUUUUCUUUGAUCUUCCCCCGGAGAAUCUCUUCCUAACACUCUUCUUCUGUAUGUUAUUUCUGAUUUUGAUCAAGGGCAAGAUCCAACACUUCCUCUGGCGAGCUCUGAAUAAUGCUCUCCCUGUGGCAGAGCUCAUUCAUAGAGGAAUGGAAGUAGAACCAUCUUGUAAAAACUUGGGAACUGGCUCCAACUCAACUUGCAUCAGGCCAUGCGCUACCUUCAAAUUCGCUCCAACAGCUACUUUCUCUGCAAGGAACAAAAGGAUUUUUGAGAACAAAAUCUGCUCUGCUGAAGAGACUCUUUCUAAAGCUAUUAGGGAUGCAAAAGAGUGGGAAGGAGCAAAGAAGGAUAAGCAAUCUAAACUGGAGAUUAAAGGUGCGGCAUCCCGCUGCCAUGUUGCAUCUACGCUAACAGCUGAAGCUCUGGCCCUCCGAGAAGCACUACAGGUGGCCUCUAAUGAGGGUCUAUCACGCCUCACGAUCAUGUCGGACUCAUGUGUCCUCAUCUCUGCCCUGCGAUCAGGGACGGUUCUGAAUGAGAUAGCGGGACUUUUCCAUGAAAUUAGUCACUUCAUUUCUCUCUUCUCAACCUUUUCUUUUGUUGUAAUCUUUCGUUCAGUGAACGCCGCUGUAGCCGAUGGGCUUGCGAAAGCUGCUCUUGCAGCUCUUUGUCUUCAAAACAUCGUAUGA